GAGGACGCGUUUAAAAUGGAAAAGUGAAAUUGGCGCUUAACCUGAUGGUUAGCUUUGAGUCUCGAAAAUGUAUCUCAAUGUGGAAAUCAGGGUGCUGUGUUAAUAAUAUACAAUGUAUAACGACGCCAUGAUUUUAUUUAAAAAUAAUUAUAGAUUUGUUUGUUAAAGAAUAAAAGUUUUUGUAAAAAAAUAUCUGUAUUAUGUAAAGCCUUUGCAAUGUCUCGAGAAGGUGCUACACUUCAAACUUACAACAACGAACUCGUGACAUGUAUUGAAGAACUGUGUGCUAAGCGAGAAGAAAUUCAACAACAAAUCUCAGAUGAAGAGAAGAAACGAAAUAAUUUACAACAUGACAUUCAGAUGCUUUCAAACCAGCUGGCUGAGCUGAAUGAGUCACUGUCAGAGAAGAUAGCUGUUCGAGAAGAGUAUGAUAAGCUUAUAAGAGAAACACAAGAUGCCUACAUGAAGAUCCUUAAAAGUUCCCAAGCUCUACUUGGACUAGUAAAGACAGAAAGUUCAAAGCUGUCACAGAAAAACUUCACCGAAAAAGAUGCAAAAGACAGUUAGAAAUAAGUAUGUAAUGUUAAAAGCCUAAUUAACUAUUCAGAGGUUUUCUUUAAAUAUUUUUUUCUGGGAGAGAGAUAUUUGGUAACUCGUAUUCAGCUGUAUUUCCAAAGAGAUGUUUUUACAAGUAUAUCUAAAAUGAUACAGUUAUAAGAACACCUAGCUUUUUCACACUAAAAAUUACCAUCUGAGAAUAAAACCCUUAAAUUUGUAAGCAACUUAACUUGGGAACUGAGAUUGGGGGUAUACUCUACAGAAAGAAAACUCCUGAUUAAUAUUAUAUUUUCAUGUUUUUCUUUUCAAAAGUUUUUUAUUCUAUUUGUGAGAAAAAUGGAAUUGUAUAUUUUUUUCCCCAUGUAUUACAUUUACAGUUUUUGUUUAUUUCUGUGUGUAUAGAUGUAGUUAUUUUAUCCUAAAAAGCAUUAUUAAUAAAAUG